AUGGCGGUUAAUGAUUAUCAUUUGAAAGAAAUAAUUUACGAUGAUCUUGGAAAAUUGAAGUAUAUUGAUCGUGGUGCAUAUGGAAAUGUUUUUUGUACUUCUUGUAAAUCAAUACAAUGUGAAAAGAUCGCUGCAAAAGAAAUAUAUAUUCCAGAAAAUGCAGUUGAAAAACAAAUUAAAAUGUUUCUUAACGAG